CAACUAUUUUCCCUUUUUUUUUUUUUGAUACAAUAUCAAACAAUUAUUCUCACAACUUACAAUAAUUAUAAAUUUAUACUCUUGAGAAAAAUAAAAAAGUAUAUUGGAGAAAAAUACAUGGUUAAGACUUAAGAAAAGCAGAUAUUCUUCAUUUUUUUUUUAUUGUUUUUUACUUUUGUAAUUUAAAGGGUGGAUGAAUAUAUUUUCCAUUAACAUUAAAUUUUGCUAAAGCUUUUUUUUUUUUUUUAACAUCUCUAAAGCUUGUUUUUAUAAAUAAACGUGAGAUUAAUUCCCAAUAUUUAAUUAAGAGAAUUUGAAAAUUCGAUUUCGUAUAAAUGAAAAAAAAGAAAAUCAAUAAUCAAGAUUGGGGUUUGGGGAGAAGCAACAAAGAAGUGUUAAUAAAAAAAUUCGUCUUGGCUCUUCAAGAACACAAAAAAAAAAACUGAUUCUUCGAUUUCAAGAAAAAAGAUCGAAAAUUUGGUUUCAGUCGACGCCAUUGAAGAACCUUUUGAUUGAUAAGAAUGGUCUACGAAAGUGGGUACAAGCCUGGAUCAGAAAAUCCGACAUUUACUUCAGAUUUUAGCCUUUCAAAUUCUCUUGUAAAACUGAAGAAGAAGCCUUGUGAAGUAUGCGGAAGUGAUGCCAAUGAGCAUUUGAUGAUGACUUGCUUCAUGUGCAGAGAUGCUAGAGAGCAUACUUAUUGCGCGAGGGUGAUGUUACAACGUGUACCUCGUUUGUGGAUUUGUGAAGAGUGCCGUGAUUUCUCAUCUAUCGCCAACAAAACUGCUAAUUCUCAAGUGGAAGAAGCUGCUCAACCAUCAAGAACUAUUAUUCAAGUGGAACAAGUUGUGGUUAAAGAAGUUUGUAUUGAUCAAACUGUUCCAUCAUCAACAACUAUUCAAGUUCCUCUUGAUCAAACUACUCCAUCAUCAAGAACUAUUGUGGAUAACGAAAAUUUGAUUGAAGCUGCUGCUCCAUCAUCAAGAAGUAAUCAAGUUGCUGAUAACAAAGAUUGGAUUGAAGCUGCUGCUCCAUCAUUAAGGUCUAAUCAAGUUGUGGAACAAGUUGUGCCUGUUGCUCCUCGUACUGAUCAUGAGUAUAUUACAGACGAAUCAACUCCUGAAUCAUCCUCUCCGGUGUCUCCAUGUUCGCUACGUGAUGAAACCAAUCUCUUUCACUUCAACUAUCCUUCACUUUCUCUUCCUCCGUUGAUGAAAAAUUGAAGAAAACGAUUUGUGUCUUUGGACUCAUCAAUGUCAGUGUUCAAGCCCAUGUGGCAAAGAUUUCCAUUCAAACAACCACCACAGUACAUUGAUUCUGUCCUCUGAUUCCGAAUCUGAAGAGUAAAUGCCUCAUUUGAGAGAGACUCGUGUAGGGAUUUAGGGUUCUUAAAGAGGCAUUUGCUUUAUUUUUUCUUGUGUCACAAGUCAUUUUGCUAGCUAAGUGAGAUUAGACUAGUUUGAUCGACAUUUGGAGUCAUAUACUAUAUGACUCAUGUACAUAACUAAAUUAUUAAAGCUAGGAGUCAAAAAAGGUCUCAAAACCUUCUUUUUUUUUC